AUGAGCCGCCAGCAGGGGAGUGUGUGGUUGGUGGUGGCGGCUUCACUCCUUCACGCAUCCCUGCAAGGCGAGUUCCAGAGGAAGCUCUAUAAGGAACUGCUCAAGAAUUACAACCCCUUGGAAAGACCGGUCGCCAACGACUCCCAGCCGCUCACAGUCUAUUUCUCCCUGAGCCUCCUGCAAAUCAUGGACGUGGAUGAAAAGAAUCAAGUUUUAACCACCAAUAUUUGGCUGCAGAUGUAUUGGACAGAUUACUAUUUGCAGUGGAAUGUGUCUGAAUAUCCGGGUGUGAAGAAUGUUCGCUUUCCAGAUGGGCAGAUUUGGAAACCAGAUAUUCUUCUGUAUAACAGUGCUGAUGAGCGAUUUGAUGCUACAUUUCAUACCAACGUUUUAGUGAAUUCUUCAGGACAUUGUCAGUACCUCCCUCCAGGCAUAUUCAAAAGCUCUUGCUACAUCGAUGUGCGCUGGUUUCCCUUUGAUGUACAACAGUGUAAACUGAAGUUUGGAUCAUGGUCCUAUGGAGGAUGGUCCCUGGAUUUGCAGAUGCAAGAAGCAGAUAUUUCUGGCUACAUUUCAAAUGGAGAAUGGGAUCUAGUUGAAAUUCCUGGAAAGAGGAGUGAGCGAUUUUAUGAUUGCUGUAAAGAACCAUAUCCAGAUGUAACAUUCACCGUGACCAUGAGACGCAGGACGCUCUAUUAUGGCCUUAAUCUUCUCAUCCCGUGCGUGCUGAUAUCUGCACUGGCCUUAUUAGUGUUUUUGCUUCCUGCAGACUCCGGAGAGAAAAUCUCACUUGGAAUAACGGUUUUGCUAUCCCUCACUGUCUUCAUGCUCCUUGUGGCUGAAAUCAUGCCUGCAACAUCUGACUCAGUGCCAUUAAUAGCUCAGUAUUUUGCCAGCACAAUGAUCAUCGUUGGUUUUUCUGUUGUGGUGACGGUCAUCGUUUUGCAGUAUCACCACCAUGAUCCUGAUGGAGGGAAAAUGCCAAAGUGGACCAGAAUCAUCCUCCUGAACUGGUGCGCCUGGUUUCUGAGAAUGAAACGACCAGGAGAGGACAAGGUCCGCCCUGCCUGUCAGCACAAGCAGCACCGGUGUAGCCUGACCAGCGUCGAGCUCAACGCCAUGUCUGGGCAAGCGACCAGCAAUGGAAACAUGCUCUACAUCGGCUUCCGUGGACUAGAAGGGACGCACUGCAUGCCUGCCAGUGACUCUGGGGUCAUCUGCGGGAGGAUGACUUGCUCUCCCACUGACGAGGAGAAUAUCCUGCACAGCGGGCACACCUCAGAGGGGGACCCGGACCUGGCUAAAAUUCUGGAAGAGGUUCGCUACAUUGCCAACCGAUUCCGUGACCAGGAUGAAGAAGAAGCGGUUUGCAAUGAAUGGAAGUUUGCAGCCUGUGUGGUGGAUCGCCUGUGCCUGAUGGCCUUUUCAGUCUUCACCAUCAUUUGCACCAUCGGGAUCUUGAUGUCAGCACCAAACUUUGUGGAGGCUGUGUCUAAAGAUUUUGCUUAA